GAUCGACCUCAAGAUGGCGUCGUUGCACCCGCACGUGCAUGCGAUGCUAUUUCUCGUGCAAACGACGACGGUGAUGGCACGACACCAGCCACUCGUUGUAAAAUGGGUCUCAGUCGACGGCGCCCACGGCCCUUCCAGCAACCUCUGUGCGCACUUUUGCGUUACUCUGCCGCAUGGCGCCAGCACGGUGGCGCUUUGCGCAUUAUGCCGGUGCAAAUCAACGUUCGAGUGGCAGCUUGUGGCGCUCGGUGACGCGUUCUCGCCGUCGUUGACGCUGCUCCAGUCGCUGCGGACGCUCGUUCAGGCAAAGUUGGCACUGACGUACACGCUACGCAUCCAAUACGCGACAGCCGAGCACAAGUACGUCGAGUACGCAAGGCGACUGGAAAAACAUCUCCAAGCACAAUACGAGACGCUCGCGAUCGAGCGGAUGCCGACAUUGCCGGCCUCGGCGACGCAACCCGGCGUGCGCAUUCUUCUUCAGAGCUCGAGCGACCCCGCGAUUCUGCUCUUUCAGCAGUCACUGCACGACCCGGCGCCCCUGCCGGCACUGCGCCAGAUCCAAGAAAAGCUCCGAGAUGCCAUAGAGACCCGUGGAUGGUACAUGCCACUACGCAGCAGCCCGAUCAAGCACAAAACAGCGUCACUGCCACCAGAAACCGCCGUCUCGACGAGUCUCUUGUUUGUCGACGCCGAGACCUCCAAGCCAAUUUCAAAUGUCCAAAUCUCAUACGAAGCACUCGCCGGCAGCGUGUUGCAGUACAAGCCGCCGAUCGCGACACAACUGCCCGUCUCGAUCGCCAUACGUCUUCAGCAAAAAGCACAUUUCGUGCAGGAGCGCCGCCGCGAGCAAGCCCAGCACGCUCUCGCAAUGGCGCUUGUGGAGCGCGUGGUCCAAGUGGCCAUGACACGGGCUGUGCAGCACCACGUCCAGAUUCUUCGCAAAGACCGGCAAUUGAUGGCCGCCGUCAUGCUCUUGCGUCGUGUCAUGCGGCGCCGGGUUUGGAAGAUUCAGCAAGCCAUUUUGGUCAAGGUCCAGCAGUGGAAGCGAGAAGCGGUGCAGCUACCGCCGCAUCGUAUCGUGCGACAGUACAACAUCACGUCGCCACGCCUGACGCUCUCGUCGAGUGAGAAAGAACUUCUCUUGCAAGGGCUCGCAAAUUCGGGUCUGGAGCACGAUGCGUUGGCCACGCCGACGAGGCGGCCGCUCGUAGAGGAAGAUUGGGUGCAGGACUGGCGCAUCAUUGCCGAGCAGCUUCAACGCAAAGAGCGCGCCAACCACAGCAGCAGUUGCGGUCUCUGGCCACUGCCGCCGGUGCGAUUGCAGCCCGAAACCAUGCACAUCUUUCGGGCGACGCACCCGGCGUACGAAGCGUCGACCGUGCAGUGCACGCUCUAUCCGUUCCGGACACCUCGCCCACUCGUCGUUCGGCAAGCGACUGCGGCGCUGCUCCGAGGCGCGUACUCGGUGCACGUUCUCUCCAAGCUACCAACAAGAGGUAUCACGUCCAAGUACGUGCCUCUGCAGGUUGAAACCGACGGCAAGGAAACACCUCUCGUAAUGCUCCCCGUCGAGCGACACCCGGCGCCGGUGCGUUGCCGCGUUGUCUGCAUCGACACGGGACACCUCGUCGAUCGCGUCAGCGUCGAUUUGUCCGAUGCGUCGGGGCCUGUUGCUCGGUUAGCGCCCAGUGGACGGCUGGCCCUCGGCCCUUACAUGGCGCGGGCGAGCGUACCGGGCUACCUCGAGGACGCCCAUCCCGUGUACAUUCCUCUCACCGCGUCACCGGGCACUUUGACAAUUCUUCCACUGUUCUUGUGCCCCCAUGUGCGGUUUCCCGACGAGCUCUGGAUCGUCUUGCAAACAUCGACGUUGAAUGUUCUCGUGCUGCAUGUUGACGCUACCGACGACUGUGGCGUUGUGCAAGCGUCCUCGUACCUUCGCGAGGUGGGGCCGUGGUGCGAGUGUAAACUGCUACAAAACGCGCCAGACGAAGCCCAAGUGCUUCGCAUUAGGACGACACCGAAGAUGCGACUGGACGUCCAUGUGUACUGGAGAAAGCAAAUGGAUACCGACAGCGUUGUGCAUGCAUCCGUGCGCAUGUACGGAAUUCAUGGGCUCGUGCAGCACCACGCAAAGGUCAUCGACAGUUUCCAUGCGUUGGCACCGACGGGAUGGCAUGUGUGCACACUGGCGUCGCCGAAUUGACUUUCAAUUUAUAUACUUGCCAGGCGGUGUACUUUAUUACCGGGAUUACCAC